AUGUGUUACAACUAUUACAGUGGCUGUGGCUGUGGCUCUGCCUAUGGCUGUGGCUCUGGUUCAGGUUAUGGCUGUGGCUACGGUUCAGGCUAUGGCUGUGGCUAUGGUUCAGGCUAUGGCUGUGGCUAUGGUUCAGGCUAUGGCUGUGGCUAUGGCUCUGGCUGUGGCGCUGGCUAUGGCUGUGGUUAUGGCUCUGGUUAUGGCUCUGGCUAUGGCUGUGGCUAUGGUUCUGGCUGUGGCUGUGGCUAUGGUUCUGGCUAUGGCUGUGGCUAUGGCUCUGGCUGUGGCGCUGGCUAUGGCUGUGGUUAUGGCUCUGGUUAUGGUUCUGGCUAUGGCUGUGGAUAUGGUUCCUGCUAUGGCUUCUGUGGCUACCGGCCAUUUUGCUACAGAAGAUGCUAUUCUUGCUGUUAG